AUGGCCCCAACUCCAACCCGCGUAGCUAUCGUCGGCGCCGGCGCGUCCGGCAUGUCCGCCGCCUACGCCCUCUCGCGCCACCCGGAGAAGUACCGUGUCACCGUCUUCGACAAGCAGCCCUUCCCAGGCGGCAUGGCCACCUCCCUCGAUAUCGACGCCAACAAGUACGGCGCAUCGUACAUCAACGACGGUGUGCAAGGCUGCUCUCCUCAGUUCGCCAACACGAUCCGCAUGUUCCGCGAGCUCGGGUUCAACGCAUCGCCCGUCGGCAUGCAGAUAUCCUUCUCCAAGGGCGAGGAUUUCUGGUCUAACGUCUUUCCCAGCCCGUUGACCGAGCAGUUCCAGAAGGACAUCAAGAAGUUCGGCAAGGUGCUUGGGAUUAUCAAGAAGACCGAAGUCCUGUUCGCGUUCGUGCCGGUGCACGCUAUGUUGAGGAUGUUCAGAUUCAGCAAUGACUUCGGGGAGAAAAUGGUAUAUCCGCUUGUCGCGCUGUUCUUCGGGACGGGCAAUCAGACGCCGUAUAUCUCGUGUGCUAUUCUCGAGCGCGUGUUCAAGGACCCGAGCAUGAAGCUAUUCGAGUUUAGCGACAAGAGUCUGCUGGCUAGCAUACCGACCAUGUACGCGUUCCCGAAGCUACGCGAUGUCUACACGACCUGGCAACGCGCGACCGAGUCGACCUCUGCCGUCUCCUUCCUCCUCGGAUACGAGGUGUCCGGCAUCCUCAGCCGCAAGACGAACGCCGUGACGCUCGAGUACAAGUCCCCUGACUCUGACUCUCUCACGCGCGAGACCUUCGACGAGCUCAUCCUCGCCUGCGACGCCGACACGUCGCUCAAACUUCUCGGCAAGGAGGCCUCCUGGAUGGAACGUCGCGUGCUAGGCAGCGUCAAGUACCUGUACGACGUCACCAUCACGCACGACGAUCUCGCGUACAUGAAGCGUCACUAUGAGGUCCAGUUCGACGAGAGCCUUGCCGCGGAGUCUGCUCCGGAGGAUCAGGUUCAGUUCGCGAAGGACAAGUUCAGGCCGCUGUACUACACGAAGCAGUACCCGCAGGACAGGUCCAAGAUCGAAAUGUCGUUCGACCUUACGCAUUACCAGCCGCAGUUCCGGGGCGAGCGCCCUGCAGGUCCCGAGGACAAGGACGUGCGUCUCCCCAGGGAGAGCGGCGCGUCGGAGAGCACAGCGGCGGACCACGUUGCGCGCGAGGCGCAGAACGACAAGCUCGGCGAGCAAGGCUCCGACGUGCGCACAGGCAAGGACGAUGAGCAACGCUCCGAACCCCCACUCGACCGCCACGUCUUUCAAACCAUCUUCCUCGACCGCGACGGCUCCUCGCACCUCUGGACCGAAGGCGAGAUCCCCGAAGAACACCGCAUCUACGAGAAGUGGUGGAAGCAGCAGAGCCACCGCUGGCAGCACUACGCCAAAGUUGUCCCCUGGAUGAUGUUCAUCAAUAUGAAGCAUCAUACGCAGUACGCGGGCGCUUGGAGCGUGCUGAAUAUGCAUGAGCUUGCUGUUACGAGCGGGUUCAGUGCGGCGUAUAGGCUGGGCGCGGAGUUUCCGUUCAAGGGGGAUGAAGAGUGUGAGAGGCUGUUUAAGUUGUAUUUGGCGUUGAGCCAUGGGUCACGUCUGCGCAAGGAGGACAGGAAGGGAUUCUUCGGUUGA